AUGGACCAAGUCGCGCUCCUAGACCAAGGCGCGCUCCUGGACCAAGGCGCGCGCGCCUGGACCAAGUUGCGCGCCUGGACCAAGGCGCGCGCCUGGACCAAGGCGCGCGCGCCUGGACUUAGUCGCGCACCUGGACCAAGUCGCGCUCCUGGACCAAGGCGCGCGCCUGGACCAAGGCGCGCUCCUGGACCAAGGCGCACGCCUGGACCAAGUCGCGCGCCUGGACCAAGUCGCGCGCCUGGACCAAGUCGCGCGCCUGGACCAAGGCGCGCGCCUGGACCAAGUCGCGCGCCUGGACCAGGGCGCGCUCCUGGACCAAGGCGCGCGCGCCUGGACCAAGGCGCGCGCUUGGACCAAGGCGCGCGCCUGGACCAAGGCUCGCUCCUGGACCAAGGCGCGCUCCUGGACCAAGGCGCACGCCUGGACCAAGUCGCGCGCCUGGACCAAGUCGCGCGCCUGGACCAAGGCGCGCGCCUGGACCAAGGCGCGCGCCUGGACCAAGUCGCGCGCCUGGACCAAGGCGCGCGCCUGGACCAAGUCGCGCGCCUGGACCAAGUCGCGCGCCUGGACCAAGGCGCGCUCCUGGACCAAGUCGCGCACCUGGACCAAGUCGCGCGCCUGAACCAAGGCGCGCUCCUGGACCAAGUCGCGCGCCUGGACCAAGUCGCGCGCCUGAACCAAGGCCAGCUCGUGGACCAAGUCGCGCGCCUGGAACAAGUCGCGCGCCUGGACCAAGGCGCGCUCCUGAACCAAGGCGCGCUCCUGGACCAAGGCGCGCUCUUGGACCAAGGCGCGCGCCUGGACCAAGUCGAGCGCCUGGACCAAGGCGCGCGCCUGGACCAAGGCGCGCGCCUGGACCAAGUCGCGCUCCUGGACCAAGUCGCGCGCUUGGACCAAGGCGCGCCUCUGGACCAAGGCGCGCGCGCCUGGACCAAGUCGCGCGCCUGGACCAAGUCGCGCUCCUGGACCAAGGCGCGCGCCAGGAGCAAGGCGCGCUCCUGGACCAAGGCGCGCGCCUGGACCAAGUCACGCUCUUGGACCAAGGCGCGCGCCUGGACCAAGGCGCGCUCCUGGACCAAGUCGCGCUCCUGGACCAAGGCGCGCUCCUGGACCAAGUCGCGCUCCUGGAUCAAGUCGCGCUCCUGGACCAAGUCGCGCGCCUGGACCAAGUCGCGCUCCUGGACAAAGGCGCGCGCCUGGAGCAAGGCGCGCUCCUGGACCAAGGCGCGCGCCUGGACCAAGUCACGCUCCUGGACCAAGGCGCGCGCCUGGACCAAGGCGCGCUCCUGGUCCAAGUCGCGCUCCUGGACCAAGUCGCGCGCCUGGACCAAGUCGCGCUCCUGGACCAAGGCGCGCGCCUGGAGCAAGGCGCGCUCCUGGACCAAGGCGCGCGCCUGGACCAAGUCACGCUCCUGGACCAAGGCGCGCGCCUGGACCAAGGCGCGCUCCUGGACCAAGGCGAGCUCCUGGACCAUGUCGCGCUCCUGGACCAAGUCAAGCUCCUGGACCAAGGCGCGCUCCUGGACCAAGGCGCGCUCCUGGACCAAGACCAAGGCGCGCUCCUGGACCAAGGCGCACGCCUGGACCAAGUCGCGCGCCUGGACCAAGUCGCGCUCCUGGACCAAGUCGCGCGCUUGGACCAAGGCGCGCGCCUGGACCAAGGUUCGCGCGCUUGGACCAAGUCGCGCCAAGGCGCGCGCCUGGACCAAGGCGCGCUCCUGGACCAAGGCGCACGCCUGGACCAAGUCGCGCGCCAAGACCAAGUCGCGCGCCUGGACCAAGGCGCGCGACUGGACCAAGUCGCGCGCCUGGACCAAGUCGCGCGCCUGGACCAAGGCGCGCGCCUGUACCAAGGCGCGCGUCUGGACCAAGUCGCGCGCCUGGACCAAGGCGCGCGUGCCCAAGUCGCGCGCCUGGACCAAGGCACGCUCCUGGACCAAGGCGUGCACCUGGACCAAGUCGCGCGCGCCUGGACCAAGUCGCGCUCCUGGACCAAGUCACGCGCUUGGACCAAGGCGCGCGCCUGGACCAAGGCGCGCGCGCCUGGACCAAGUCGCGCGCCUGGACCAAAGCGCGCUCCUGCACCAAGGCGCGCUCCUGGAGCAAGGCGCGCUCCUGGACCAAGGCGCGCGCCUGGACCAAGUCGCGCUCCUGGACCAAGGCGCGCGCCUGGACCAAGGCGCGCACCUGGACCAAGUCGCGCGCCUUGACCAAGGCGCGCGCCUGGACCAAGUCGCGCUCCUGGACCAAGUCGCGCGCCUGGACCAAGUCGCGCGCCUGGACCAAGGCGCGCUCCUGGACCAAGGCGCGCACCUGGACCAAGUCGCGCACCUUGACCAAGGCGCGCGCCUGGACCAAGGCGCGCGCCUGGAGCAAGGCGCGCGCCUGGACCAAGUCGCGCGCCUGGACCAAGGCGCGCUCUUGGACCAAGGCGCGCGCCUGGACCAAUUCGCGCUCCUGGACCAAGGCGCGCGCCUGGACCAAGACGCGCGCCUGGACCAAGGCGCGCGCCUGGACCAAGUGGCGCUCCUGGACCAAGUCGCGCGCUUGGACCAAGGCGCGCGCCUGGACCAAGGCGCGCGCGCCUGA